CGGAUACGAUAUCAAUAUCUGUUCAGCGGGAAAUGGCGCUUUGUAUCUCCCUUGAGCUAUCCUGGGAGCAUGCGCAGUGGUGUUACAUACACAGAGUACCUACCAUACGCCAAUACUAUGGCAUGCGGCUCAACUGGCAACGGCAAACUCCAUCCCCCGCGUCGAUAACCCCACCAGCAACCAACUUACCCCAACAUCUCAAUCCGCCCAGCUCCCCACCAGCGACCACCACCUCCAACAAGCAACGUUAGACAAGAUGGACAUCCGCCUCCUCCGGGCGUCCGACAUCCCGCACGUGCAGAAGACGAACAUCACGAACCUGCCAGAGAACUACUUCCUGAAGUACUACCUGUACCACGCGCUCUCAUGGCCGCAGCUCUCGUACGUCGCUGUCGACCUGAGCCACCCGCCCAAGUACCCCAACGAGCCGCCAAAGAUCGUCGGCUAUGUCCUCGCAAAGAUGGAGGAGGAGCCUGCCGAUGGUGUUCAGCACGGUCAUAUCACGAGUCUUAGUGUUAUGCGCACGCAUCGACGCCUAGGGCUCGCGGAGAAGUUGAUGCGACAGUCGCAGAAAGCGAUGGUAGAAGCGUUCGGGGCGAAGUACGUCUCGCUGCACGUGCGAGUGAGCAACAUGGCGGCGCUGCACCUGUACCGGGACACUUUGCAGUUCCUGGUGGAGAAGGUGGAGGCGAAGUAUUACGCGGACGGCGAGGACGCGUACUCGAUGAAGAAGGACCUCACGUUUCUCGAGGAGCAAGAGGAGUCCGACGAUGACGACGAGGGCGCCGAGCAUGGUCAUGGCGAUGGCGCUUGCUGCGAUCAUGAUCAUGACGAUGGGAAGGCGGGUGGUCAUCAUCAUCAUCACGGUCAUGGACAUGGACAUGCCGAGGUUGAUGGUGAUGUCCCGACUGCUAAGGAGAAGGAGAAGUUGAAGACUGUGAGGGUCGGAAGGAUCCUGGGCGUGAGUGAUCUGAAGGAGGUGGACGGAAGGAGUGGCGGUGCUUAGAUGCGGAAGAGAGAGGGGCGCUGGGAACAUGUCUAGAUACGAUACCUACCCGCCGGCAGCGUGUGUGUGAAGCAUGCGCGCACGAGCGAGUAACAAAAAGUUUAUGGUUCGGGGUCGGGGGUG